AUGCAUCCGGCCUUGUUGAUCUUCUUGGUGUCCUUCAUCAACCAUGCCAUUACAUGGCUAGGACGUGAUUUACUACAGGAAUUUUUCCGUAACAUAUAUGUUCGCGUCGUCAACUUCUCGGCUUCGUCCAAGCUGUCUACCAAGAAGAAGGAACUAUACGAGAUGCGGCAGCAGCUGAACAUGACCAGUGCCCAGGAUGAGUUUUCGAAGUGGGCUCGUCUCCGUCGUAAGGUGGACAAGCUUACUCAAGAAGUGGAUGAGCAAAACAAAACGAUGGCCUCCUCGCAGUUCAUGUUCUCUAUCAUGUUCAAAGGGUUCAUGUUUGUCCUCAACAGUGCGAUCCCUUUCAUUUUGAACUGGUACUUUAAGCGCGUGCCUAUGUUCUACCUUCCUCCGGGUGACUGGUUUGGUCCGCUCGGUCCGCUGUUCAGCUUCCCAAAUGCACCUGCUGGGGCUGUGAGCAGCACCGUGUGGACAACUGUAUGCGGCCGCGUACUAGCGCUUAUUGGCGCCUAUGGUCGCGAGUUGUUUGUGCGGGAGCCUAUGCCUCAACUUGAGGCACCGUACGAAUCGGCACCCAAGGCGUCUGGACUAAAACAUCAGGAGGAAAAGGAUGCGGUACCUCAGCCGGUCCCCUCAGCAGGAUCAGGUGCUGAGAAGAGUACGCUCAAGCACCGCCAUACCAAGCAGGCUUCAUAA